UCUCCUGCUGCGCACACACGCACAGCAAAAGUGAAGUGAAGAUGCUUCUGUCCUUUCGAUCAACAGUCCAGCUCGUAAGCCAUUCACUUCCUCCUCUUCAUUUUCUUCUCCUUCUCCUCCCAGAGCGCCAAACUGUCCCCUUGCCUGGUUUACAGAAGGAACUUGCGCAGCCGGGCUCGGCCAGCUCGGAGGAGGCGAGAGGAGGCACCAGAGAUCCGGAGCACCGUCACCCCUAUAGCGUAUCCGUGGAGAACUACGCGUCGGUAUGGGUGCGCUGACAAAAGGACGUUACCUCUCCAUGGCGGGCCUCCUGCUCCUUGUUUAUUGCACAGUAUCAGUGAUCUCCAAAGGUACCACAGGGGAUGCUCAGCCUGAUGCCCUACCUUCGGUGCAAGGCACCUUGCCGCACUUCAUCCAGGAGCCAGAGGAUGCGUAUAUCGUCAAGAGCAACCCCAUUAAGCUGCACUGUCGAGCCGCACCCGCCUUACAGAUCUUCUUCAAAUGCAAUGGAGAGUGGGUGCACCAGAAUGAACACUUUUCCCAGGAGUAUAAGGACCUCAACACUGGGCUGAAGGUGCGUGAGGUGAUGAUCAACGUGUCCCGUCAGCAAGUGGAGGAUUUUCAUGGCCCGGAAGACUACUGGUGUCUCUGUGUAGCCUGGAGCCACCUGGGCACCUCUAAGAGUCGCAAGGCUACUGUCCGCAUUGCCUACCUGAGGAAAAACUUUGAGCAGGACCCCCAGGGGAAGGAGGUGCCAAUCAACGGGAUGAUCGUUCUGCACUGUCGCCCUCCAGAGGGAGUGCCUGUAGCAGAGGUGGAGUGGCUAAAAAAUGAGGAGCUGCUGAGUUCCCUGACUGAUGACAACAUCGACACCCGUGCAGACCACAACCUCAUCAUCAACGAGGCACGGCUGUCUGACUCGGGCAACUAUACCUGUCUGGCCAGCAACAUUGUGGCUAAGAGACGCAGUGCCACAGCCACUGUGAUUGUCUUUGUGAACGGCGGCUGGUCCCUGUGGACAGAGUGGUCGCCCUGUAAUGUGCCAUGUGGGCGGGGUGUCCAGAAGCGAUCUCGAACCUGUACUAACCCGGCACCUCUCAACGGCGGGGCUUUCUGCGAGGGAAUGUCUGUACAGAAGAUCACCUGCAAUGCACCGUGUCCAAUUGAUGGAGGCUGGGACGAGUGGAGUGAAUGGACCGUAUGCAGCAGCCAGUGUGAGAAGCAGCGAAGUAGGGAAUGCAACUCCCCAGCACCCAGACACCGAGGCAAGAUGUGUGAAGGGAACAGCGAGGCCACUGAGAACUGCACAGAUGGACUAUGUACCCAGAAUCGAAAGCUGCUACAUGAUGUUAAACCUCAAAGUAUGGACAGCACCAGUGAUGUAGCACUGUACUCAGGCCUGGGAGCAGGCAUCAUUGCUGUGGCAAUCCUCGUGGUGGCUGUCAUGCUGUACAGGAAGAACCACAGCGAGUACGGCGUGGAUGUCAUUGACUCCUCCGCGCUCACCGGGGGUUUCCAGUCUUUCAACUUCAAGACCACCAGACAAGGCAACCCGCUACUUCUCAACUCCUCGAUGCAGCCUGACUUAACAGUGGGCCGGACAUACAGCACACCCCUCUGCUUCCAGGACAGCACAGACAAAGAGCUCUUUGACCCCCUGCCAGACAUCAAGGUCAAAGUUCAGAGCUCCUUUAUGGUUUCACUAGGUGUGGCUGAGCGGGCGGAGUUCCACGCCAAAGCCCCAGCUGAGACCUUCCCGAGAGACCUGAGCCGGGACUACAGCAGCACGGUGGAUAGACGCAAGAAAGGCCUGCUCACCCUCAAUGGGCCCUUCAGCACCUGCAAAGAGCAGCUGAGGACCACCGGCGUGUUCGGCCACCCCGGAGGGCGCCUGAUGGUGCCAAACACCGGGGUCAGCCUGCUGGUGCCUCAUGGAGCCGUGGCUGAGAAUAUGUCCUGGGAGAUGUACAUGGUGAUCAAUCAGGGAGAGGCAAGUGUCCAAACACUGGAAGGCUGUGAAAUCCUCCUUGGCCCAGAGGUGAUGUACGGUCCUCCGGGCUUGGACCUCUUCUGCCCAGUGGCCAUGACCAUCGCUCACUGCGCUGAGGUGGACACUGAGAACUGGAACAUCCAGCUCAAGAGGAAAACCCAGGACAGCAAAUGGGAGGAAGUGAUGUCAGUGGAGGAGGAGUCCACUUCCUGUUACUGCCUGAUGGACUCGACGAGCUGCCACCUGCUGCUGGACCAGCCGGGCUCGUACGCCCUGGUGGGCGAGCCCCUGACGCAGGCUGCCGUCAAGAGGCUGAAGCUGGCUGUGUUUGGGAGCAUGGAGGCCGGCUCCAUGAGUUACAGCCUGAGGGUGUACUGUGUGGAUGACACGCCACACGCAUUUCAGGGAGUGGUGGCUGCAGAGAAGACCAGAGGGGGUCAGCUCCUCGAGGAGCCAAAGAUGUUGCCUUUCCGAGCGAACACCUUCAGCCUCCAGGUGUCCAUCCAAGAUGUUCCCCAGUUCCUGUGGAGCAUCAAACCCUUUACCACAUGUCAGGAGUUCUCCUUCCCCCAAGUGUGGUGCAGCAACCAGCAGCCCCUGCACUGUGCCUUCUCUCUGGAGAGAUACAGCCCUGCCACCGCCCAGCUCUCCUGCAAAAUCAGCGUGCGCCAGGUCAAAGGCCACGAGCAGAUUCUGCAGGUCUACACAGCUGUGGCCGAGACUGAAAAGGAGUCGGUUCCAUUUUUUAUGCAGACAGACUGCACCAUCACGUCCCAGACGGGGCCCAAGGCCUUCAAAAUCCCCUUGUCCAUCCGCCAGAGGAUCUGUGCCACCUUCGACACUGCCAACGCCAAGGGCAAGGACUGGCAACUCUUAGCCCAGAAGCUCCACUUAGAUCGAAACCUGGGUUAUUUUGCAAAGCAGCGGAGCCCGUCGGCAGUCAUACUGAGCCUGUGGGAGGCUCGCCACCAGGACACUGCUGACCUUGACUCUCUAGCCAGUGCCCUCGAGGAGAUUGGCAAGAUUCACUCCAAAAGCUCCCCCAAGGACCAGGAUGAGCCGGAGUCUGACUUCAAUCACAUACAAGCGGGCAGUGUAUACGCAACGGGCAAACUAACAAAUCAGACAACAGAGGACUCUGCUCCUGAAUAUACAGGCUGAGGGGAAAGAGAGUGAGUGAAAGCUGACAGACUAGGGCAUAUAUCUGUGUACGCACACGGCCAGUGAUAGACAACACACCACGGCAGUGCGCUGGAAGGUCACAAGGUUGUGAGUGCACAGUGCGAGCAGUCAACAUGCCGACCAAUUACAAUAGAUGGAGGUGAGCCGGUACCUGCUGUGGAUCUACCCCUCUCUUUUAAGAAUCUGUCUGAGGAUGGACUGUACAUUUUUUCUGCCUUUCCACUCCAUUUUAAGUUAAUUUUUAAUUUAUUCGUUGUUUCAUGUUAAAGCUGCCCCUCUGUAUAUUCAUUUUUCAGGUCAGAGGGUGAGCGGGUUAUAUCCUGAACUUUGAUGCAUAUUAUUUUCUGAAUUUGUGUUAAAUUAGAUCCUUUUUAUCUCACUUGGGACUGUCACUACCACCUCCCCUCCUUUUCCCAGUGGUCCACCCGGCAGCUGGACAUAUUUGCAUACAAGUUCUUAUAUGCAAAUAAGAUGAUACAACUGUGGCGUCAUUUCAGAGACACAUGAUCAGAUUUCUUAUUUUUCCCCACACCACAUCCCUGUGUCAACGAGUGAAUGAGGACUUCGAAGCUACGUUUUUUGGCGUCCAAUAUUAUAUUUUUAAAAGGAAGCUGCUGAUUGCUUAAAUGUUGUGAUUGUGAACUUUUAAAGCCAAGUAUCUUGACAUUUGCCCAUUUUCAUCUCUCAAAAAAAUCUAGUCUAUGGGAAGAUAAAAAAUUCUCAUAGACAACCAGUGUUGUAUGAUCAUUUAUUUAAAAAAACAAACAGUUAAGAGAAAUACAGUAUCAGCCCCAGUUUAAUCAUGAAGGACAGCACGAUCAGAGUGUGACCUCCCAUGUGUUAACCCAUAAGGGAAAAUGAUGGUUGUGGCAUAAUGUGGCAGAGUGAGAUUUCUAACCGUGGCAUUGCAGUUCAUUACAGUUUCCUCCACCAAGCGAUAGAGAGGAAGGAAACUGUAAAACAUCAUUUCCUGGCACGGCAGGGAGCGCAUCGCCACGUCUUAUCACCCAAUUCCCACCACUAACACCCGUCACACAGACCUCAUAUCAGGCCCUGACACACCCGAUUGCCCCCGCCACCCCCUCACCCCAAACACAUGCAGACACACACACUGACAUUUCAUGGCUACAGAGGUCAUGUGCACAUUGAGGCUGUGUGAAUUUGCAUAUUGUACAACAAAACAAAAAAGGAAUACUGAUGGUCACGGUGUCAGAGAUACAACAUGCUGUCACUUUUCUGUUCAAACAGCUUGAUCUCAUAGAAAUGCAUCAAAUAGUCAUGACCUCUUAACAACACAUAAUGUGGUGGUGGGCAUGAAAUUUAGUGAAAAUUUAGUGCUGGUAACAUGAAAACAACGGCAUUGCAAAGUCAGUCAGAAUCUUUUGUUGUGAUGGACACAUGAAUUAGUAUAAGUACAGAAUAAGAAUUAGUAUAAAGAGCGAGAAAGUUCAUGUAAGGUGGCCAAGGGGCUAUGGCUAGGUCAAACAUGCAUGGACUUUUAACCAGGAGACUUCUGUUUGUGUCACAUGUCAACAUAUUUUGCUGUUUAAAAAACACUACUCAACUAAAUACAAUCAUUUCUUAUUUUCUUUGAUAUUUUUGUCAUAGACGGAUGAUACAAAGAUGACCGCUGGGUAAUACAUAUGUUGAUGCUGUCCGAUGUAAAGUCUUUAUUUGAUCAUGUGAUGAGAUGCUAGGAUAUAUGGAAAUCUGGCACUGGUGCCCGUCAUGACUAGCUUACAUCACUGAAGGGAUCCUUUUCAUAAUGUCGUCAGACUAGUCCAAUAACAAUCUGAGCCAUGUUGUUCCCAUUAGUCACUUAGACACAACAACAUUAAAAAUAUGGUCCAGGUAGAAAAAUACUAAAGUUAUUCUUUAACCAAGUUUUUCUUCUUUUUAUUAUUAUUUUUCUCUAAAUCUAACCAAGUCUUUUUCUUUCCCUGAACCUAACAAAACUGUGACCAUUUGUAAAAGACUUUGCAUUGGCAUGGUUUAUGUGUUGCCCGCAUGUAAUUUUAAUAAAUUUUGUGCUCACUACAAUGUAGUGCAUUGUUAAGAAAUGCAUUACAUGUCCAUUUCGGGUAUUUCUGUGAGACUGUGUUGAUUCAAAUCACACUAAACACACAUCAUACUGACAGAAUGAUAAAAACAAAAAAGCUUGCUGACCAUUACAUUGACAAAAAUAAAUUAAUAACAGCAACAUAUCAUUCCAGAGACAGUGUCCUGGUUACUCUGGAAAAUCCACAGAACAUACUGUUAACAGUUUUCUAUGGGGAAAACAGCCCCACAAAUGAAAUUCCGUUUAUCUCCAUUCUACUGGGGUUUUUUUAGGUAGAAAUCUCAGAGGCAGAUAUCUUAAAACUUGGACAAAUAGAAUUUUAAGAAAUAUAUUAGUACUCUGAUUUUUAAAUAUGCUAGGCUAGGCUAAACUACACAAGGCUAAUGUAUACUCAAAUAGAGGAGAGCUAGUCAGUGUGUGAAGCUGUAGAGGCAGGUUAUAAUUGUUCACUUCUAAAAAGAGCUGACUUACAGCAGCAGGGAAAAGACUGACUUUUCUGAAUUCUAUACACUUAAUCACACAUCUGCACCUUUGUGUGGAGUGUUCGGAAGGGUUAGCUACAGGGAGCUUCAUCCCAUCUGUGACCCCAGCACUUCUCUUUGAUUCUGUGUCACAACACUACACAGACUUCAGGGGGGAAGUUAUUUUUCAUGAAUUUACAUGUCUGUCCUCCCAAAAUAAUAAAAUGUUUGCCUGGGGUAAAACCACCAUAUAACACAGACUCCAUUUGGCCACUGCCUCUUCUUUCUGUAAGCUAGCAGAGUAGCCUAAAUGUGCAUCUAGCGAGGAAGAGCAGCAUAGCAGAAGGACACAGUAGGUGGUUAUGGAUUUAAACAUUCGUUUGCCCCAGGAAAAACAUUUUGUCAUUUUAGGCAGACUUCAAAUGCAUUUGGUAAUACAAGUGACUGCUGGAUAACAGGUAUAAAAUAGCAGUUUUGCAUAGAAAACACUACAUUAGCUUGUGACCAAGUCGUUUCAGUGAGGGUAUACUUAAGCAUUUGGUGUAAAACACCCUAAAUGGCUGUUUUUAAGUGUUGUUAAUCACUGUUAAAAUGAUCAAAAAGAUGUUAUUUGUGACCUGUAGACUAUGACAUGAUGCCAUUUUACUUGACCUACUGUUUCACUACAACAUAGGCCUUAUUUUGGCCCUGAAAGGGCCCUGUGGCCCUAGUUUCCCACAUUUUCUGCCUAUAUGACUAAUGGGAACAACAGUUUUUUUAAAAGUAGUCCAGUACUGAGCAAGAGAGCUGCAGCGACAAAACAAGCUACAAUCUACAGUGGCAUGCAAAGGUUUUGGCACCUCUGGUCAACAUUUCUUUUACCGUGAAUAGUUCAGUGAGUAUGUAACUGAUCUCCAAAAGGCAUGAAGUUAAAGAUGAAACAUGAUUUUCAACACUUAAAGCAAGAUUACUAUAUUCAAUUUUGUUUAGUACAAUUUUAGAGUGAAAAAGGAAAGGAGCACCAUGCAAAAGUUUGGGCACCCCAAGACAUUUGACUGACAACAUUUAACAGGGUGUCAGACCAUAAUUAGCUUAGUCAGACUAUGGCUUGUUCACAGCCAUUGUUAGGAAAUUUCAAAGCUUUAUAAAUACUCUGACUCCUGAAACCUUGUCCCAACAAUCAGCAGCCAUGGGCUCCUCUUAACAGCUGCCUAGCACUCUGAAAACUAAAAUAACUGAUGCCCACAAAGCAGGAGAAGACUUUAAGAAGAUAGCAAAGUGUUCUCUGGUAGACACACCUUAAAAUCCACAAUGGACUACCUCAAGAGGAGCAAGCUGAAGGUUUGCCAUGGCCCUCACAGUCCCUUGACCUAAACAUCAUUGAAAAUCUGUGGAUGGACCUCAAAAGAGUAGUGCAUGCAAGACAGUCCAAGAAUCUCACAGAGCUAGAAGCAUUUUUUCAGGAAAGAUGGGUGAAAAUCCCCAAAACAAGUAUUGAAAGGCUCUUGGCUGGUUGAAGUCUGGUUACAAAAAGCAUUAAGAAGCUGUGAUACUUGCCAAAGGGGGCACAACUAAGUAAUGACCAUGAAGGGUGCCCAAACUUUUGCUUCAGGCCCUUUUCCUUUUUUGUUCUUUUAAAACUGUAAAAUAUUUAAAUUUAAAAAAAAUCUUGCCUUAAAUAUUGAAGAAAUGUGUCAUCUUUAACUUUUUUUUUUUUUAACCUUCUACUUUCUUACUGUAAAGACAGUUUUGACCUGGGGUGCCGAAACUCUUGCAUGCAACUGGAACCAUGCAAGGCAUGUUCACACCAUCCGUUUAAGUCCACUUAAAGUAUGUGUUUUUGCCACUGACAUGUUAAGAUUAUUAUUCUAUGUGUCUGACUACUUACUGAAAGCAUCCUUACAGAGACAGGCCUUUUUGUUAAAGAGUAAGAUCCUUUUCUUCAAACCAGAAACAGCACCGAAAUCACCAUCACCAAACCCACCAGACUCCAUUUAGAUAAAGAGUAAAUUCAGUGUGUAAAGAGCGGGCAUAUUUUUACAUCUAACUCAGUGAAUUAAGGGUUUAAUUCAACUAAGCCAGAGAUGGCGAUUGUUGGAACUGUGGAAAAAUAAACCAAAAUGGAUUUUGUAGGUUUUAUGUUGUUGUUAGAUUUUGAAUGAAGUGUGUUUUAUGAUGAUAAAAUUUAAAUUUUAUUUAAAUGGAGUCUGGUGGGACUGGUGAUAGCAAUGUCAGGCUGUUUCUGGUUAAACAAAAAGGAUCUUAUCUAUACAAUACCUGUCUCCAUAGGUAUACUUUGCAUGAGUUGUCAGAGACUUACAUUAACAAUCUGAACAUGUCAGUUGCAAAAAAAACGCACAUUUAGUAGACAUAAAUUGAUGGUGCAAACAUGCCCUGAGUGGUACAUUGCAGCCUGUUUCGCCACUAUGUCGGCAUCAAGUCUCUCAAAAAUUGUUGUUCCCACGAGUCACUUAGACACAAAUGCAUGAGAAAAUAGGUUCCAGGUUGAAAAUACCAAACUUACCCUGAAAGUAAAGAUGAAAAAACACCCCCUGUUUUUCCAAUACAGCAAUGACUCUUGCUUUUCCUCAAGGUGAAGGCUUUUAUUUAAAUAUCAGCGAACCCUGUUGAUUGAGUCUUGUGUACUUUCUCGCCUGUACUUAAAUUCAGGAAAUGAGCUUACUAAUCACAGUACCUGGAACCAUGAACAACUAUACAGUAUGAGUAAUGUGGUACAAAUAAAAGUGAAGCCGUGGAGCUGCACUCUUCCUCAGACUUUGUCGGUAGCAACCAGUUGAGUCGGUCUUUGCUUUUAUCCAGUCCUUAGUCUAUAGUGCUCACAAAUCCUACGCUGUCUCCAAUCUUAGUGCUGAUACUCUAAUCUGUAUAGAGUCAAAAGCAGUGGAUUUUUGGCACAAUGUUGAAUACUAUAACAAAAUCAGAGGCCAUUUCUUCAUCUUCAGAUUGGUACCUCCAACCAUGACUGACUUACAUAAUUGCCAGAAUUAACCUGCAUAAAGCUGGGUACAAUUCUUGCUGUCAGCCAAACAAACUCAACCCACAAUUCCUUGUCUAUGACUGCAUUUCCCUAACAUUUCUAUUUGAAUUUAAAUUCUGCUGGCUAUUUUUAAGAUAAUAGAGCUGUGUCUAUUUUGAAUAUGUCCCUCAGCAGUUUAUCAGGAAUGAUAUGAUGACUUUGAAUACAUCACUGAGUAUUUCUGACCUGACAUAUGUGAAUGGCAUCAUCUUGUCAUGAUAAAGAAGCAUUUUGAUUUCUCUGCAUCAUCUCUAUGCAUUUCUAAUCAAAUUCCAUCCAUAUCUUUAUGUAAUUUAAGCUGGUACGUGAAGAAUGUGGAAGGUAAUUUUUUUUUUUUUUUUUUUUUUUUUUUUUUUUUUGGUUACUCAAUAUGAUUGUUUCCUUAAUUGUGACUAACUGGAUUCUCCUUUUCAUUCCUGCAAGCAAAGAGUGUCAAAAAUGGAAAUGUGUGCUUUUGUAACGCUUAGCAGAGGCUUAUGUUGCAUCAAGAGCAUCCUGUCUGUGCUGUACACCCCAUCACACAUAACAAUCGCCUUCAAUCCGGAUGUGUUUCAGCUGUGUCCACUGUAUCCCACUAAUGUGUUGAAAUUUUGUUUUGUUUUUUAAAUGAGCUCACACACACACACGCACCUACACAAAAACGUAUUCUCACUAUGUAUAAUGCUUUGGUGUAAGACUAACCCUGUAUCAUGAGAUUAAAAGUUCACUGUUGCGUCCAUGACCUUUCUGUCACCUGAGUUGGUCGGUCCCAUGCUCUUUUUUGCUUUACGCAUGGCCUUCGGCUUCAUAUCACUAUUCUUGUGCCUUGUUUAACUACUGUAAAUGGUGAAUGUUGUAAAGUACAGAUGCGGAUGAAAAAAAAAACAAAAAACAAUUAAUCAUACUGACAUACAUUUAAAGGUAUUAGUUGAAAAAGUAUUUAAAAUUAUAAUAUUGACUAGGCUGCAGAGCUUUUCUAGUGCUGAACAUCUAUGUUUGGUAAUGCCAGGGCAGCUUUGUGGUAUAUUGUAUCUAUAAUUAUGGACAUUUUGGAUGUUUUCUGUACAGUAGAAUUUGCAAAUGUAUA